GUCAUAAGUCUUCAAAAAUACAUCGAAGCCUUUACUUUUCUACAUUCACAGAAUGCAAAAUAUCGAAGAAAGACAAUGUCAGUUAAUUGUAUUUAAUUGAUUUAUCAACCAAAGGGUUGUAGCAUGGUUUACCCAAUUUAACUAUUUUUUUAAUAUGUUAUUUUAGAAUUUCUGUUUAGAGACUUUGCAAAUGUAAGGUGCUCUUCGUAUUUGACCAUAUUGUUAAUGAAGAGAAACAAGUGAUUGACAAGUUAUGCUAAUCAGUAUUAGCAAGACUCCAAGUAUGAAAUAUUUGGGAACAUAAAACGAUUCGAUAAUAUAUAAUACCUUGAGAUAAAACAGUUCAAGUGCAUUUUUUGCAGGCAUCCCAUCACUUAUUAAAGUGAGGCACGCCUACAGCCCGUGCAGCUGCCCAGUCUGCGCGAGCUCUAACCCAAUUCAUUCUCAUAGACUACAACGCACUUUACAGCGCUCUGACCGUCACUGACACAAUGCGCUACUAUUUCUGGCGGAUUUACUAGGAGUGAUAAUGGAAUAAGAGGAAAUCAUGCCAAUGCUAUCGUAGGAGACGAAGAACCUUCACUUAUUUCCCAGGAUCUGUAUGACCCUUAUCGACAAUGCUUUACUUUCAGUUGGUGAUCAUGGCAGGGACUGUCAUGCUGGCAUACUACUUUGAGUACACCGAUACUUUCAACGUGCACAUCCAGGGAUUUUUCUGUCAUGAUAAUGCCUAUACGAAGCCCUAUCUCGGACCAGAGGAGUCCGGCGCGAUCCCGCCAGCUAUCCUGUACGCGGUGGUCGCAGGGGUUCCUGCACUUGUGAUUACAGUGACAGAAUCCGUGCUCUUCUUGCUGCAGUAUGUCUCUGAGGAUCUAGACAACCGAGAGAAGAUCAUUGUGAUGGGCGACUGUUGUUACCUCAACCCUCUGGUCCGAAGGACAUUUCGCUUUCUUGGUGUGUACGCUUUUGGCCUCUUUGCCACAGACAUCUUUGUAAAUGCCGGGCAGGUGGUAACGGGAAAUCUGUCUCCAUACUUCUUGACGGUGUGCAAACCCAACUACACAGCGCUGGGGUGCCAACAGGUGGUGCGCUUCAUCAACCAACAAGAAGCCUGCACAGGCAAUGAGGAUGAUGUCUUGCGUGCUCGCAAAUCCUUUCCAUCCAAAGAGGCAGCCAUCAGUGUUUAUGCAGCUCUUUAUGUUGCUAUGUACAUCACAUGCUCGGUGAAGGCCAAAGGGACACGGCUGGCCAAGCCGGUGCUCUCUCUGGGGCUUAUGUGUCUGGCCUUCCUAACUGGGAUUAAUCGAGUGGUCGAGUACCGAAACCACUGGUCUGAUGUCAUUGCUGGCUUCAUCAUCGGUGGAGCCAUCGCCGUCUUUAUGGUGGUGUGUGUGGUGAAAUAUUUCAAAGGGAAGCCCUUACUGGAUGAGAUACCGCCGGAGGAGAGUGUGUCCAGCGGUCCCAUGAUCACUCAGCCCAGAAUGGAGCACAGCAUGGAGAAAUACAUAGCAUCCCAGAAUCCCAUCACCUACGCUGAGAUAACAUGACAAUGAAAAGCCAGAAGAAUGCUGUGGAUAAUGUUGCUGCUCUCUGGUGCGACUUCUUACUUUGAGUGCAACGUCGAUAUGUGCUACUUUUAGACUUCUAUUUUGAAGUGUGUGAAAAAAUUGUUGUCCUCCUUGUAACUCUUUUUUUGAAAAUAGUUAUGGUAGGGUCUCAUCCGUAUUUUUAUACAAACAUAUCACUGUUAGCAUUUUUUGUGUUACGGAGGGUAUGGAGUGAAGUUGGAAUUGCAACAUGAUGUCCAAUGAAAUAUGUUUAACAAAUUCUGAUGUUACAUUUACAACUGUGAAUCCAUAGUAGAAGAUGUUUCUGACUGACAAGAAAUCUGGUUCUUCUGAGAUUUUCUCUGAUGCUAUUAUUUUUGUAAUUCUUUCUGCUUGCCAAAAUAUAUCACAUCACAUUUACAGAGUUUUUCUUUUCAGAACAGCAAACUAUUUCAUUGUUGCAUCAGAUGCAACAAUUUGUAUUAUUGUAAGUUAUGUUACGGUCACGAACCAUGAUUUUCUACUUGCUAUUGUAGAUGUUAUGGGGGGAUAGACAUGCUCAUUCUAGAGAGCAUCUGAUUGGUCCAAGUUCUGUGUAGUACAGGAUGAGUCAUCAAUAUUUUUGCUCAGUUUUUCCAGGAACUUAUAGGAAUAUAUUAGCAUAUACAUGUUUUCAGUGAACCUAAAAAACUUUGAUUUCACAGAGUCUUUAAAGUGGGCUGAUGUGGGCAUGAGGUGAUAAGCCAAAAUCAUAAUUGGUUUUGGUGUCAUUAUGGCAGAGAGCACCUUGGGCAAAGCUGAUGGCUUUAAUUGUGACUGCCAAUUGAUUACAGGGCUCACAAAAGAUUAGAUGCUCAAGCUUUUGCCCAAAUAGGCUGAGGUUGUGUAUGAAGGGUUGCUUUCUUUGAUUUUACGUGGCCAGUGUGUGUAUGUGCUUAUUUGUGAGUCUGCCCUUGAUGUCGCCUCUGUGAGAACGCAGUCUCUAGUGGUUUAGGGAAGGCCGUUUUUGUUUUUUUCUUUGCAAACACUGAGCUGGAAUAACUCCUGUACCUGUCAAAGAGAGAAAGAUGGAGAUGGAAAGACAGAGGGGAUGCACCUCCCUCCAUUGUAUGGAAAACAGAGUCUCUCAGUCAGUUCAUACAGAUAUAUAGCAAUGUUUGCAUUUGGACACAUUUGCGAUUUCACAGUUGUAUGUGUUUUAAUUGUAUCACACAGACCUCGUAGCAUCAAAGGUUGUGUUUGGUUGAAUUUACAUUCUGCAGACUGAUUUUAUACAGCAUAUGUUUGAUCUCUCACUGGCCAGUGAUGAGAUUUGAUUUUCAAAUUAAUGCUCGAAUACAUUAAAUAUAGUGUCCCAAAUGAUGUAAAUCAUUUAUCCUGUUUAUCUCACUCGCGUAGUACUACUGAACACCCUCAAAGCUUUUAUGUCCACUGUUAGUUUUCAACAGUUGAUGCUUUCAUCAUGGAAAGCUUGUGAAUAUAACUACUUAGAGAGUUUUUGGCUGGCUCACUGAGAAGUUUGUAAGGCAUGCUUUGUCAAGCUGCUUUGUGAUUAAUUCAGGGUUAUUUCUAAUGACAUUUGUGUGAUUCCUCCCCAAGGUUGGUACAGUAUGUGAUAUAUGCAUAUACAUGUUUGAGAUUUUGUUCCAGUCAUGAAAGCAAUGAGGUAACUAUUUUUUUCCUAUGAGAUUUUUUAACAAACUUUUAAAAUGUUGUAUACAGUAUACAUACUUUCCUUCAUAUUUGGUUUGCAAUAGGAUUUGAUGCCCAAAACCCCAAAAAAUGUGAAUGGAGUUCUGAUUGUGAAAAAGCUUGAAAUGUUUUUAUAAACAUAUUGUAUAUAUGUUGGACAGUAGUGAUGAUGGUCCAUCAAUGUCCUCUGAGACAGAUCUUCCCUGAGCCCGAGGUGUCAAACAGUAAUAAAAUAUUUACCCUCAGACUCACUGUCAUUCUGUAUAUUUUAUUUAUCUCUUAUGUACGGAAGAGGA